AUGAAGAGGUCGCGGCGGGAAAAGAGGCGAAAUUUGCGUUGUGAGUCACCGGAACUGUGCCCACAAAGAAGAAGAAAUGGUGUAAACCGUUUCAGACUUGUAUCGAUUUACCGCGUCUCGUCGAGAGUUGAAAAAGAACCGAGCGCUUCGAUGUGUCUUUGACUCUCACCAUGACUUCUGGUUUGUUCUUUUUUUUCUUCUUUUUGGGUCUCCUCCCAGUUCUUUUUUCUUCGAAAGUCGCUCUAUUCUUUAAACUUUCCGGUGUUCUUAUUUUUGGUAAACACUCUCGAGUGUUUAAUUCUCAGAACCCAUCAAGAUUGGAGAAAAAAAAAGGAAAGAGAAGGAGAUUGGGAGAGAUCCCUGAUUCUUUCGAUUUUUAUGAGCUUUUCAAUUUUUUUUUCAGCGUUCCACACGAAAUCAGCGUAUUCUCCCGUCGAUAUGUACUCGGUGGGUUUUUUUUUCAACAGUUCGUUUUAUCGAAGAAGUAAGCUGGUGUUGCCUCAUUGUCUAUUAAUACAUUUCUGCAGCAAUUAGAAAUUCGGCAGCAAUUAGAUCUACGAAAUCCAUAAAUCAGAUAGUCUAUAUAUUCUAACGAUGAUGCUCAUUUUAAUAAGUUGAUUCACAUUUCGAGUUUUUUUAUUCUGUUGAAAUUAAUUUCUCUUUAUUUUCAUUUUCAUUUCAUACUGAAUGUAUAUAAAAAUAUAAAAAGUCUUGAUUAUUUUUUUUUGACUGAAAAAAAUUUUUUUUCCCUGUUUUAAUUCCUCAAACAGAGAUAGGCCAAUCUAAUUGAAAAAAAAUUACUUGCUUUCUCAGAUUUUUCAUCAGUUUUUGACAUUUUAAAAAGAUUAUUUGAAGCCCAAAGGCGAAAAUUAACCAAAUUUUUUCAUAAGCGACUAUGUAUGCACAUCUCUCUUCAAAGUUUGAAAAACAAACGGAAUCUUGAAGACCUUGAUAUCUCUCAUGUAGGAACGCCAUUUUCUCCUGAGUAUUUUCACAAAAUUCGUACCGCCAGGAAUUGAUGACCAAUUCUGACUGCACCGUAGUUCUCCUUUUCUCAUGAAGUUUUGAAUCUUAUGACGAGAAAGGACGGAAUCGGGAAGGUUUUUUUCAUGUCGGUCCUCUGACUCACGUGAAAGUCUUCGUGUCUUCUGUGCGCAAAUAUUUACCAAGUAUAACCUUUGUUGAGUUUUGUAUUUAAAUCUUUUUAAACUUUGUUCACGGCCUUGUCAACAUUCAUAGUUCUUUUUGACAAGAAACCGUUGCCACGCAAAAAAGUGAAAAAAAAAUAAAGGAAAAUUAUUUUUAAACAAAAUCAUGAAGAGAAAUUUUUCGAAAAAUUGCGUUCUAGUAAGGCGUGUGGAAAGUGUGACUUCUAUGUGUUAAGUUAGAGAAAUCGAGUCUUUGAGAGAAUCGAAAUUUCUAAACCGAUUUCAACUCCAUGUUGCGAAUAAAGUUUUUUUUUUCUUUGAAAAGUCUCUCUCCGUGAUCGGAGGAUUAAAGGCAACCGCAUGAUUUAUUCAAAGGACAACAAACAUGAGUAAUUGUUGCCUUUCCGCGCGUCUCCUUCAUGGCCUGCAUGAGAUAUGAACGGCUCGGACCUCUUCUAACAUCCAGCUUUUCCUUCUUCCUCUCUGCCUUUUUGACGUAUUUGGAUCACUUCCGAGCUCUCAGAUCAUUUCUAGCCUUUUUCAGCGAAUCGGGAAACUCCUUAGCCGUUUUUAGGCUGUGCUGGAAAGCGAUAGGUACUGCCACAGAACGGAUCUGCACUUUGAGGCUUGAAGACAACACGUUCGUCUAGCUAACGUUGUUCAGGGGUCAAAGAGAGGGAUUGGUGGACUGCGUGGAGAGUCUUCGAUGCCCUGGGGCCUCCGCUUCCAACCCGCUCUCUUGUCCCCUUGGAACAGACGCGCCAAAAAAAAAAAAUGCGACGGAUCGAUGGCCAGGAAUCGCUCCUGGUUCAAAUACAUAGUUCCGACACUCGUUAGGUGCGUCAUCAUCGUCUGA